UCCGUUGCCAACUGAACCUUCUGGUUCCCGCCAUCGGCGAGAGAAUUUGCUUGUGAUUGAAGUCAAAUUAGCGAUUGCUUCACAGAAUCACAGAACUUUAGAAUGGCGAGUGAAAAAAGCUUGAAAGGCGUGGAGAUUUCACAUGGCGGAUCUGUGUCAAGAGGGGUUGUUGCUGAAACACGGAAAAAUGCCGACAGCAAGGAACUGACAGAUCAAGACUCCACUGACCAAGAGCAUGAGCAAGAUGAGGAAAUUUUGGAAGAUUCAAAGUCGCGUGAGUUUGCUCAGAGUGCACUAGAGAAUGAAGAGUCAUCCGACAUGGAAUCUCAGCUUCGUGAUUUGAAGGAGUUAGGCAUCAAAGUUGAGGAGCUGGAAAAUGACCAUAAGCAGCUUCGACAGGUGCUCUUAGAACUUCAGGAAACAACAGCUAAACUCAGGGACAGAAUCAUAAAGAUUAUGGACUAUCAUGAGCAGCAUACGAUGAAUUCAGAAGAUUCAAGGUCCCUGGGCUCUGCUCAGAAUAAGUUGGAUAGUGAAAUGACAUUCAGCCUGGAUUCUCUGUUUGCUAUGAUAAGGCUGAAGGACUUGGAGGACGAGCAUGAGAAGCUUGGGGAGAAGUCUGAGAAUCUUAUGCAGGAGCUGAAACUGCUUCGAGAAACUACAGCUACGCUCGAGGAGGUCACAAAAGAGCAGUUGGACCAGUUAGGGGAUCAACAUGGGCUCCAGGCAAUUGCACACAUGAUUGAGAUGCGCACCGGUCACGAGGACGUUAAUGCCAAUCACAGGGAUCGAAAGGAACGAUGAGCAGAGUUGCAGAAAAACUAUCAGAAAGUGUCUAUAACGUAGUGAACAUUAACGCAUUCUCUCAGGAUGAACCACAGUUUAGAUUAUCCCACCAUGGUAGUGCUCGUUGAGUCAUAAGGAGACGUUUGGGGUUUAGAUAUGCAAGACGCCU